CUAUCUUCUGGGUGCCAGGCGGAUAGGCCACCCAUUUGACAUCCCCGGGGACAAACCAAAUAUUCGUCUCAAUUUCUUAUUCCUUUUCGUAGCCGUGGGAUACACCCAAGAGAUGACCUGGGCUUGGUUGUAAACAAGCCCGGGGCCACUAAAACUUGGACAUUGAGUGCUGAAAGAUAAAACAAACUAAUGUAACACAGCACUGAAUUCUUCAUGCUAAAAUGUCAACUGAUUACGGAUCAACAGUUCACUCACGUAACAUAGAGGAUGUCGAAGAUAUCCCCAUGGAUGUUAUCAUCCGUCCGCUUAUACUGGAAGUCAACAAUGAAAAAGUCCACAGUCUCAUGGAAACUUUAAAGGAUCCUUCCAAAUCUGGCAAUGUGCCCCCUGUUGAUGUUCUUUGGGUUGAAGGGAGAGAAGGGGGCAACUACUUUUAUUCAUUUGGUGGUUGUCACCGGUAUACUGCCCACAAGAGACUUGGGCGCAAGACGAUACCUGCUAAGCUGAUCAAGUCUACUAUAGAUGAUUUACGAGUAUACCUUGGGUCUUCCACUCCUGACUUGAAAUAAAUCAAAUUUCAAUGAUGGUCUACAUUCCAUGGAGUGACUGUAUUAUUGUUCUGUGAUCCAAUGGUGUCAGCAUUACACUUAAUCAAUUUUACCAGACGUCAAUUUUCUGUGAUCAGAUGUUUCUGCAUCAAUAAAAAAAGUUUUAUAGGUAUUUCUCCUCAUUUUAAUAUCCUCUUUUAAGCUCGCAUACAAAUCAACAAUACUGUUACACAAAUCACUGACAAUGAUUGCACAUUAAGGGGCAUUUGGCCAUUGUACUAAAGAAAGUUUAAGGUGAAAAAGUUGGACUUUUUGACCUUCACUUUGCAAAAACUUAACCAAC